AUGAAAAAUAAAUUCCCUAAGAUAAUGUGUCAGUGAGUGGCUGAAACUGAACCCGCAGCACAUCACCCUAAAACGAAUGUACAAUUGUAAAAGCUUAUAGAAUAUGUUUGGUGGUCUAAUGCAGGUUUUUUCCACUACAGCUGCACCAGUCCAGCAAGAAUUGCAGUUAGCAGAUCUCUGUCAUUGAUACCCGCCAAAAAUCGUUCUCGCAAACCAUUAUUUUAUUUGAAAAUCUUGACAAAUCCUAACUAGACAAGUCAAUGAAGUUUCAAUAACAUUAUGCUAUUCCUUUUCGAAACUUCCUCGACUCUUGUACCCAGCAACAAAAUAAAUAAAUUAUCCUCGAAAUGGUUAAAAGUCAUAAAUAAUAAUGGUGUAUACUUCGAUCGGAAACAAAAAAAACUCAGCCCGUGUAAAAGUUCAAAUUUCCCAUGUUACGUUUCAUACUGAACGACCUAAUAAAUAGAUAUGUCAAAAUUCUGAUUUAGCGAUAUAGAAAUUUCAUGGAAUUAGUAUGAAAUAUCACGAAAAACGAAAGGAGCAAAUGCCAUAGCAGGUUACAUUUAGAAGAAUCGCAUUUUGACAGUUUUCCUAAAGGCUUAUCUAACUUUCAAGAUGUCCUUGUUCGUACAAUUAUGUUCUAUUCUGUUUUACGCAACAAGAACUUACUCCGCUGUAGACUUAGCUGGGCUCGUCGAACACUUAGCCAGCUUUUUCUCAGUUUUUCCUUAACUCUUGGAUACUCAUCGUUGAACCGCGUUCAUUUCAAACGCAAGCAGUACACAUUAUACCCACAUUUUCGAAAUUAGCCGACAUUAACCAAUACUGGCACUACCUGCAGACUGCGCGGUAUUUCGAACGUGUUUGAAUGUGCUUCGCCUGAUCGAACCAGAAAUUGAUGCUGCGCCGCUUCUACUUUUUAGUACACGUUAUAGUCUGCGCCUACGCUGCGCAUGUCAUUCUUUAAAAACACUUUGCAGUGUUUGCAAGAGAAAGUGAUCCGUAAACUUGCUGACCUUUCUAUCAGUUUUGGUGUCUAAUGUUGCGCUACAAUAUACCAGCUGUUUAUUAGCAACUCCAUGCGUGGACCCGGUCGAACAAAAAUCCGCGCCCGCCGUAUUCAAUACGCUUUGAACAAGUUGACUGUCCUAACAGGGCUUCUGAGUAACAGUAAGAGUUAAUUUCCGUGGAUCCAGCGAGACAACACACGUUUGCGAUGGCAGUAUAAUGACCUCCACAAUAAAAUUUUCGCAGCUAUAUUUUUAAUAGACGUUACUUUUUAUUAUGUGGCGUAAUAUGUAUAGUACAAAUAUUAGGCGCUACUUUAAACCACGGCACUGGAGUCGUGGCCUGGUAGAUUUCACUGUUGCUACUGCAAAGUCUGAACAAGCGCUUUCUAUACAAAAACGGAAACAUGUUCCCGUACUACUACGAGAGGCGAUUUCUGCGUUGAAUGUCCGGCCCGAUAAAACGUUUGUAGAUAUGACAUUCGGAGCAGGAGGACACACGCGCGAAAUUCUAAAACGCGGUGCCAAAGUCGUGGCCAUUGAUCGAGACCCAUCGGUAGAAAGUAUCGCUACGGAAUUUAAAGAAGAGUUCGGGAGUAGAUUCGACUUUCGAGUAGCGAAGUUUACUGAAAUAAGAAAUGUCUUGGCUGAUGCAGGUGUUCCUGCUGGAUCUGUUUCGGGAAUCCUGGUGGACUGCGGGUGCUCGUCGAUGCAAAUGGACAGCGCCCGGGGGUUCUCCUCAUCGAAGCCAAACUCCCCGUUCGACAUGCGAAUGAAUCCUGCCGACCUCCAAGGCCCGACAGCGGCGCAGCUGGUAAACCAUUUGAGUGCGGAAUCACUGGCAAAAAUUUUCAAAACAUAUGGAGAGGAGAAGUAUGCACGCAAAAUAGCCGACGCCAUAAUUAGCUAUCGAUACGAGAUGAAGCAGAUACGAACCAUAGGCGAGUUCUGUCAAGUGGUAGAGGCUGCGUUCGCGCCCAGCCACUUUCGCACGGAUAUGAUUGGUAGGCAAGUAAAUCUAGCCACUAAAGCAAUCAUGGGACUACGUAUCUUCGUCAACGAUGAGCUCAAUCAACUGAAUCGCGGAUUGCACCUUAUGUACGAUAUUUUACAUAACGAAGGUCAAGCUGUUGUGAUUUCGUUUCAUUCCCUUGAGGAUCGAAUCGUUAAGAGACACUUUUCAGGAGUUGAUAUGGAUGAACCUGUUUCACACACUAUCGCUCAAAAGUAUCGGAAUGCUGGGGCAUGGCAUAAGCCCACAGAGAUGAGACCUAAAUGGAUUUCUAUUUUCAAGGAUGUGGUGACGCCUUCUGAGGAUGAGAUUGAACAAAAUCCUAGGUCGCGUUCAGCUAAACUUCGGGGCGCUGUUAAAGUUCAAAUCUAAUAGGAAAGCUGUUUAAAAUAGCUUUUUUUUUUGUUGUAGAACAUCUUUGUUCGUGCAAUGAGGAUAUUUGUUUCCAGAUACUAGUUACGGCUGUGCUUCUUUAAUCUAUAUAUGCAAUUGUAAUUAUAAAUAUUUAGUUGCUAAGUAAACAGAUCUGUGAUCUUACCAGUUGGCAAUAGUGCGCCGAAGCCACAUCUGUAAUUUACUUGGGAGAACAAAUUGAACUAAAGGCUGCGAUUACCGCUCUCAUCUCGAAUAGCCAUAAAAAGUAAACUCACGUAGACCAUGUUCGCAAAGCAUGCACUCUUCCAAUAGAGCUUUUCUUUUUUUAUGCACAUAUCCUUUAUGUACAUACAUAAGUAAUGACAAUUAAACCUCAUCGUAAUAUUAAAAAUUAUUAUCACUAAUCGAACCGCAUAAAUUUACCUACGCAACCCUUCGACUAACAUGCACAUCUUGCCAUUCAAGAAGAUAUAGGUUUUAUAAUUGUGUAGUUGUGAAUAAUAAAGAGUACCUACUGAAUGAAACAACUUUGUUCAGUAUUUGAAGGUUUCGUCUGUAGGUACUGAAGCGCAUCUAAUUCAAUUGUUGAGCUUCUCUUUCAUUCUGUUUCGGUUCUACCCACAUAUUUGGUUGGAAAAAUAACUCACGAUAUCCUCCAGUGUACUGAAACCACUCACUGAAUAAUAGCUCAUCCAGCUAACACAUUAUAAAAUGCGUAUUUUCCAUAUUUUUUGGCUAUUUGUAAAAUGCAAAUGAUAUACACGCCUUUUGACGACAAAAAGGUUAAGAAAAGCAAAUUAAACAAAAAGUCUUUGAAGUAAAAGCAUAAGCGAAUUAUUUCCUAAGGUUUUCCAACGUGUCUAUGAAUGUCCAUAAGCUUAAAAAUAUUAGCAGAGAAUCAUUUUUGGCGAUGUUCAAACAAUUAGUGAGCGACUUAAGACUGUCUAAUUAGAUUAUCGUUGAAAGCUAGCUUAUUUCGAAUACUUCCCAUAGAGCCUUUAAGCCCUUAUAGUGAAAAUAACUCCCUUAUUUAGGUCUACUUUUAUUAGACAUCUAAUACGAAUUUAAUGGUUUAUUAUUACGAUUACAGAUCUGUUAACGGAUUUUUAUCCGUCUACUCUAUACAACUGUCAUAUACCUCUGCCUUAGCACUGUAUUGCUUUAACACAAUUUACUGUAUACAGUAAUUUUCGUUACUGAUUUGUAAACUGUGCUAAAAUAAAAUUUAUUACAUUGCUGAGACUGGGUAAUAUUUGUCGGUUACAACCUAUUUACACUGAAUACUUAUUAGCAUUCGUUUCAGCUUUCGCCAGUCACAGCUCACGAUGAAAUAGAUUUCUAUCAUUGUAAAAAAACAUAUUAGCCGUUUGCUUUUACGUAUUUACGAAACCUAACGGAAGCCACCGAUGAAUUAACCGCUCUGAAUUCCUCAUUUUCGUUUAAACUUGAUUCACUGUUUAGAGCUGAAAUUCACUUGGUUGUGUUAAUGAUUUUGUUAAAUGUUUGAAAUUAAUAAAAUAAUGAUCUGGAAAGAAAUAGUAAUCAACUCAUUUUCAUCAAUGCUAUUAUCUAUAUUUCCCAUUAUAGUCUAUUAUUUUUUGCUAACUGAUGUGUUUUGUUCUAUUGGUUCACUUCGCAAAAAAUAAAUUAUGGAUUUCAAAUAUGUCGCGUUUAAGUAAGAAACUAUAUAAUGCUUAAGCGCGCACCGGAACUCCUAUGAGGGUGCAAGUACAUUUUUGUAAUAUUAUACUCUUAGUUUGCUUGAAUAUUCCGCUAAUUUUCAAUGAACAUCUUCUGCCAUUUAGACGUUAAAUAUAAUUAUAGUAAAUUUCAUGGCACCCAACUUGAAAAUUAGGUCAACAACCGAACACUGGCGUACCUAAUCUUAAGUUAGGCUUUUAAAAAAUACUAUUUCACCAAGUGAUCUUAAAACGUUGCCACUCGCCACAUCAAUC